CAUACCAAAAAUCAUGACAAUCCGUGAACCAGCUCUUGAGCCUCAAACAUUUUUGGUACACAAUAGAGACCGCAGAGCUACAGGUAAACAAACCUGGUGGAAUGUAACCCGACACCCAGGUGAGUCUAUUGAAACUUGGCGCUUUCCCAAUCAUGAAUGCACUGGUGCCGAACAAAGUCCAACCAAAGUCAAAGGUUACCCUAGUAUACAGGUAACAGCCUGGGGUGUGAUCGUAUGUUGGCACAUCAUACGGGGGGAUUGUCCCAAGAAAGUAUCGCGAGAACACACGAGACUGGCGUGCGAGAACUCUCAGUUCUAGGGCCCUAGGGAGGGGUGGCCAGUCUUGACCACUUUACUCAACAGGAAGGAAGAGGAAACAGUGUACUUAUAGGUCGACCGGGGAAGGAUUGCUACAUUUUUCUGCUGCCAGAAUAGACUCAGGAACUUUAGACGUCAAACAUGGCUGCCCAAGUUGAUGUGGCUGACUACUUUGACCAAGUCGUCGAGAACGUGAGCUACAAGUGGGAAGACUUGGCCCGCAAACUGGGGUUCGGGCGAGGCGAGAUCAAAUCAAUCAAUGCAACGCUGGCCUUGCAGGACCCUGAUGCCAAGUGCAGGGAAGUGCUCGAAAGGUGGCAAGGAAGAAACGCAGAUGGUGCAACCCUACAAGUUUUGAAGCAAGCCCUCAUCGACAUUGGCGAACGGCUGACAGCAGAGAGCUUGAAGUUGAAAGGUGCUACAGCACUGCCCAGCGGAAGUGCCGAGAACGACAGUCAUCCAACCUCACAGACGUCUGUCAGUGGCAAUGAUUCUCCCAAUAAGUGUCAAGGUAAACGUAACGGGACGAAAGUCUUCACUCAACCGAAAAUGCCAAGAGUGAGCCCAACGCCUGCCGUGUUUCAGAGGACGGACUCAGGACCAAGAGGUGCUGAGAGACCAGUAAUCUUGAUGAUCAACGAUGAGUACGGGACUUCCAAGGGGGGAGUUUCUACCAUCAACUGCGAGGCGGUCCAAACCCUGAAGGGCAAGGCCGCCGUGUACGCCACAGUCCUACAGCUGAAGGUACCCCCAAAAGACAAGGAGGCAGCAGAGAGAGAUGAGGUCAAACUGAUCACACCUGUUCAACCAGAAGGGGACACGAGAAAGCCAUCCAUAGACUGGCUGGCCUUCGACUACCCUAUCCGCUACCCGAAAUCAACACUACCAUUACAUGAAUACCUGGAAGGCCUCGACCCAAAAUCAAGCCUACCACCACAUGUUGAUGUCAUCAUCGGCCACGCUGACAUCACAGAUACGGCAGCGCGAAACAUCCACAACGCGUACUACAAGAACAACGCAGACCUCAUCAUGUUCACCCACGUCAUACCCGAGGAUACAGAGUACUACAAGGGAGGUCGGAAGGCCAUGAAAGCAGGGGAGAAAGAGAAGGACAUGCUUGAUAAAGUCGACAAUGCCAAGGCAGCUUUCUCGGUGGGUAGGCGGAUCUUUAACCACUUCAGCACUAAGUACAAAGGAGGGAAGACACCGCAGAGUCACCACGUCUUCCUCCCGAAGCCAUCCAAGAUAUUCCUGGAUGCCAAUGUGAGUCCUGGGGGAGGGCAGAAGGUCGUUCUGUCCAUCGGCAGGGUGAGGAAGGUUGAGAAGCUGAAAGGGCAUGACCUCGUUGGAGAGUCCAUGAGGGAUGUGGUAAAGAGAAUAAACUCCCGGUGGCUUGUCAUCGGCAUCAGCGAGGAUGAUUGGGAGACCAGCCAGAAGAUCCUGGAAGACGCCCUGAACAGUCCCGACCUGAACCCCACCCUGCGGCCGUAUGGGACCCAGGACGACAUCAGGAACGACAUGAUGAUGGCGCACCUGGUGCUGAUGCCGUCCCGCUCCGAGCCAUUUGGGCUGGUCGGCUUGGAGGCCAUCGCCGCUGGCAUCCCCGUCCUCAUCUCCGACAAAACCGGCCUGGCAAAGAUGAUCACUGACCUGAUCAAACAGAAGAAAAUCAGCGCAGAGCACAGGAACGUCAUCGUGGAGACCAGCGUGAACGACCGCGAUCGUGCCGGAGACGCAAAGAGGUGGGCAGACAGAAUCGUGGACGUCCUCGAGUACAGCGACUACGAGUUCGAGAAAGCCGCCAGGUUCAAGCGGGAGCUCGUGGAGUCCAGGUACUGGGAGGAAUCCCACAAUGCCUUCCUGCAGGCCUGCGGCAUCACGACCGCAGCGGCAGAUCAGUAGAGGUCAGGGCGACAUAUAUGGAAACAGCACGGGCAAUCUUGAUAUGAUGAGUGAAUAUGAUUUUAAUGGUUUUGAGAGUAAUUUACACAUUUUUGAAUAAUGGAUGAGUACCAGUAGAUUUGUUAGACAAGCUUGUUGAAUUAGCUGUUGCUUUCAACAUAUUUUUUACACAACCCUUUGCCCAACUGUGACUUUAACUACUUAAAACUGUUUUAGCUUGUUGUGAAAGUUAGAGUUUUGCUGCACAGUUAUAUGCUUAGCUAGUAAUAGAGUUGUCUCAAAGUGUCGAGUUGCUUACAACUGUUUUCGCAUCAUAAUGUGAUUACCAGAUUUUGCAGUGCCAGUGAAAUGUUUGUUAAUGAAGAAUAAAGAAGGAAAGAUCUCAUACCUUUGUUGUUCGUUUUUUGUGUUGGUUUUUCUAUAGUACCUCGUCAGUUGUUUUGUUUUGCCAUGUGUUAUGCAGUGUACCGUUGUAACCUUAGAUUGCUUCGGCGAUAUGAAAAGCAGUAGUACCAUUACUAGGAAGCCCAAAAUCUAAUUGUUUUAAGGUCUCAUCAAGACCUACCCACGUACCAAGUUUCAUGCCAAUCCACCCAUAGUUUCUUGAGUUAUCGUGCUUAACCACGUACAUACACACGCUUACACACAAACACUACCAAAAACAUAGGCAAAGGUAACAAUAACUAUUUACAUUUUAAUACAAAAUUCCACGGAAAAUUCCAACAUCUACUUACACUUGAAAUCACAGGCUUCAACAAAACGACCUCCAAGAAUCAUUCUAUGAACACAGUUUAAAAAACAACAAUCUCCAAGCAGAUUCUUUGGUGGAAAAAACACACCGACAAGGCGGUAUAUCCAAUUGGCAGGGCUGCCACUGAGGAUCUGCUGACAGUAUGUAAAAAGGUUAUGAACCCUCAGUAGCCAAUGGACCUUUCACAUUAUUACGUCACAGUUUGUUUACCUGUUCUACAGAACAGUCUAGAACGGUCAGUUAAAGAAUAAAGAUCAUUUUUCAAAGUCAGGU